ACCCUUGUCACAACAGUCUGUAACACGCAUGACACCACGACCUCGCAGCGUAUACACCUGGAUAAACCCAGAGCUCAGACAGAAACAUUACCAGGGCUCCUCCACUUCUGGUGUUGUCAGAGGUGCUGUGGGACAACCGAGACACCCACGACCCCGUAGCGUAUACUCAUGGGUCAACCCAAACCUUAGACAAGCUCAGGUUUCCGCCGCUCCCGGUUUCAAGAGCGUUAGUCAACAAGUCAGCAACAGGUCGAGUCCCCCGCUGAGCUGUUCCAAUACUUCCCGAAUUCCCAAGACAUCCUCCCCUCCUUCUCUGCACCCAGACUCUAACAGCACAGCUUUGGGCCAUGUGGGAAGACAGGAAAAGUCUACUCAACUACAGGAUAGACAGUUCUUUGCUCCAUUGCCCAUCGUAACUGUCUCUAGAAUGCCGCCAAUGCCGAAGUUCUGGGAAUUCAAACCUCUUGAAUUCAGUGAGGUGAUCGUGGUACACGCGGAGAGCCCAACUAGUUUUGUGGCAAUCCCAGCAGAGAUGAAGGCUUCUCUUGGGAAGAUGGAGAAAGAACUGGAAGAGAACUUCCUCUCACCACAGCCUCGUGUUACCUGUUUGUCUCAAGAAACCUUGUACGCCAUCAAAAAGAAGGGAGUGUACCACAGAGCAGUCUUCAUGCAACGUCUCAGUCAAGGAGGGAUCCAAGUCUUCUACCCGGACCACGGUAGAUUUGACCUUGUCUUCCCACCACAGCUGUUCCAGCUGCCGACUCAGUUCUACGCCAUGCCUUUCCUGGCUCAUCGGAUGGAGCUUGGAGCGAUCACCCCCAUCUCCAACAAGUGGUCUGAAGCCUCCAAGUUCUACUUCAUGUCCCGUGUCAUGAACAAGGUCACCUACGCUUACAUCGUACCCAACAAAACUGAGCAAGACGCACAGAAAAAAGUCAAGGCAGACCUAAGCAGUUUUGUGAAGCCUUUAGAGGUUCAUCUGAUAGAUACCUCUGGAGAAGAAGACGAGGUCAUCGGUGAACUGCUGUGUCUUCAGGGCUAUGCUCGGCGGCCGUGAGGCUCUCCCACCUCGAAGUGAGCACACAUAUUCAUCCAGGAUGU